UCGGCGACCCCUCAGUUGACAUCUGUUUCCUCUUUGGAACGCGAGGAAACUUUGUGAUUGCUUCGCUUCACUUGAACGCAAAUCCAGUCAUUCCCUCCUGGCUGAUGCCCAGCGAGUGUGAGCCACAUUCUCUCAUUUUUUUUUUUAAUUUUUAAACUUCAUCACUGUUUGUGAUGAUUGACUCACUUUUUCUUGUAGACGCGUUCCCACCCGGUCGUGAUUAUAAAAUACAGAGAAGCCAAACAGGCUCCGACUACUCUCCUCCGCCCCCCCUUGAUCGCCUGCCGCCCCCAGCCCAGGCCAAUGAGCACAGCGGGGACCACGAUGGAGGCGGGGUCAACCGCGGCGUGGUGGGCCUGGCCCCCGAGCACAUCGCCACGCCGGGUGCCGCCCUGAGCUGGCAGGCCGCCAUUGACGCGGCGCGCCAGGCCAAGAUGAUGGGCAACGCGGCCUCGACCGGAGGGGCGGGGCUGGUGUCGGGAGGAGGCGGGCCCAUCUCCACGGCCAGCUCCACGCAAAGGAAGAGGCAGCACUACAGCUCCAAGCCCAAGAAACAGACCACCACCACAGCCACGCGACCCCCCAGGGCCCUGCUUUGCCUCACGCUCAAGAACCCCAUAAGACGGGCCUGCAUCAGCAUCGUGGAAUGGAAACCGUUCGAGAUCAUCAUCCUGAUGACCAUUUUCGCCAACUGCGUGGCCUUAGCCGUCUACAUCCCCUUCCCCGAGGACGACUCCAACGCCACCAACUCCAAUCUGGAGCGCGUGGAGUACCUGUUCCUCAUCAUCUUCACUGUGGAGGCGUUCCUGAAGGUGAUAGCGUACGGCCUGCUCUUCCACCCCAACGCCUACCUGAGGAACGGCUGGAAUCUGCUGGACUUCAUCAUCGUAGUCGUCGGGUUGUUCAGUGCCAUUUUGGAACAGGCCACGAAAGGCGAUGGUGGGGCUCCCAUUGGAGGCAAGGCAGCGGGCUUCGAUGUCAAGGCCCUGAGGGCGUUCCGAGUACUGCGACCCCUGCGACUGGUCUCUGGAGUACCCAGUUUACAGGUGGUUCUGAACUCCAUCAUCAAAGCCAUGGUCCCUCUGCUUCACAUCGCCCUGCUGGUCCUCUUCGUCAUCAUCAUCUACGCUAUCAUCGGCCUGGAGCUCUUCAUGGGCAAGAUGCACAAGACCUGUGUCCACGGGCACAUAGGCACGAGAGCGGAGGAAAAACCAGCCCCCUGCGCCCCCGACGGCGCUUAUGGCCGCCACUGCAACCACAACGGUACCAAGUGUGAAAUGGGCUGGGAGGGUCCCAACGACGGCAUCACCAACUUCGACAACUUUGCCUUCGCCAUGCUGACCGUGUUCCAGUGCAUCACCAUGGAGGGCUGGACCGACGUGCUGUACUGGAUGCAGGAUGCUAUGGGCUAUGAGCUGCCGUGGGUCUAUUUUGUCUCUCUCGUCAUCUUCGGCUCCUUUUUCGUCCUCAAUCUGGUUCUGGGGGUGUUGAGUGGAGAGUUCUCCAAGGAGCGAGAGAAGGCCAAGGCUCGCGGUGACUUCCAGAAACUCAGAGAAAAACAGCAGCUGGAGGAGGAUCUCAAGGGCUACUUAGACUGGAUCACUCAGGCUGAAGACAUCGACCCAGAGAACGAAGAGGAGGGUCUGGAUGAUGACAAACCUAGAAACUUGAGCAUGCCGGCCAGCGAGAAUGAAAGCGUCAACACGGACAACGCGCCAGGGGGCGACAUGGAGGGCGAGACCUGCUGUACCCGUCUAGCAAAUAGGAUCUCCAAAUCCAAGUUCAGUCGAUACUUUCGCAGGUGGAACAGACUGUGCAGGCGCAAGUGCCGGGCGGCGGUCAAAUCACAGGUUUUCUACUGGCUGGUCAUCUUCCUGGUUUUCCUUAACACGCUCACCAUCGCCUCGGAGCAUCACCAGCAGCCUCAGUGGCUGACAGACGUGCAAGACAUUGCCAAUAAGGUGUUGCUGGCACUCUUCACCGGCGAGAUGCUGUUGAAGAUGUACAGUCUGGGUCUUCAGGCAUACUUUGUGUCGCUCUUCAACCGCUUCGACAGCUUCGUGGUGUGCGGCGGCAUCCUGGAGACUAUCCUGGUGGAAACCAAGAUCAUGUCGCCUCUCGGCAUCUCCGUGCUGCGUUGCGUGCGGUUGCUGCGAAUCUUCAAAAUAACCAGAUACUGGAACUCUCUCUCUAACCUGGUGGCCUCCUUGCUCAACUCGGUGCGCUCCAUCGCCUCUCUGCUGCUCCUGCUCUUCCUCUUCAUCAUCAUCUUCUCCCUGCUGGGCAUGCAGCUCUUUGGCGGCAAGUUCAACUUCGAGGAGACGCGCCGCAGCACCUUUGACAACUUUCCACAGUCGCUGCUCACCGUCUUCCAGAUCUUGACUGGCGAGGACUGGAACUCUGUGAUGUAUGACGGCAUCAUGGCGUACGGUGGACCGUCCUUCCCAGGCAUGCUGGUCUGCAUCUACUUCAUCAUCCUCUUCAUCUGUGGAAACUAUAUCCUACUCAAUGUCUUCUUGGCCAUCGCUGUGGACAAUCUGGCCGACGCGGAGAGUCUUACUUCUGCCCAGAAAGAGGAAGAAGAGGAGAAGGAGAGGAAGAAGCUGGCCAGGCUGGGUACUCCAGACAAGCGCCACAACAACGAGAAGCCUCCGCUGGAGCAGGAGAAGCGUGAGAAGAUCGAGCUGAAGUCCAUCACGUCCGAUGGCGAGACCAACAUCGCUACCAAGAUCAACAUGGAUGAUUACUGUGGAGAUGAAAGUGAGGAGAAGAAUCCAUAUCCUGCUAAUGAUUACAUAGGUGAUGAUGACGAUGAAGAGCCAGAGAUGCCAGUGGGUCCCAGACCACGACCGCUCUCUGACAUCCAGCUUAAAGAGAAAGCUAUCCCCAUGCCUGAAGCUCGCGCCUUCUUCAUCUUCAGUCACACCAACAAGUUCAGGGUUCUCUGCCAUAAAAUCGUCAACCACAACAUCUUCACAAACCUCAUCCUCUUCUUCAUCCUGCUCAGCAGCAUCAGUCUGGCGGCAGAAGACCCGGUCAAAAUUGACUCCUUCAGAAACCAGAUUCUGGGCUGGGCAGACCACGUAUUCACUGGACUCUUCACCAUAGAGAUCAUUCUCAAGAUGACCGCCUAUGGAGCCUUCCUCCACAAAGGCUCCUUCUGCAGGAACUACUUUAACAUCCUGGACUUGGUGGUCGUCAGCGUGUCCCUCAUCUCCUCAGGGAUACAGUCGAGUGCCAUUAACGUAGUCAAGAUCCUGAGGGUUCUUCGAGUCCUUCGACCUCUGAGGGCCAUCAACAGAGCCAAGGGGCUGAAGCACGUGGUGCAGUGCGUGUUCGUGGCCAUCAGGACCAUCGGCAACAUCGUCAUCGUCACCACGCUGCUCCAGUUCAUGUUCGCCUGCAUCGGCGUGCAGCUCUUCAAGGGCAAGUUCUUCACCUGCACCGACAGCUCCAAGCAGACUCAGGCAGAGUGCAGAGGGUCCUACAUAAUGUACAAGGACGGAAACGUGGCCAAACCUGAACGAGCACUAAGACAGUGGGAGAACAGCGACUUUAACUUUGACGACGUGCUGCAAGGCAUGAUGGCUCUGUUUGCUGUGUCCACCUUUGAGGGAUGGCCAGGACUGCUCUACAAGGCCAUCGACUCUCACGCAGAGGACGUGGGCCCCAUCUACAACUACCGUGUGGUCAUCUCCAUCUUCUUCAUCAUCUACAUCAUCAUCAUCGCCUUCUUCAUGAUGAACAUCUUUGUGGGUUUUGUCAUCGUCACGUUCCAAGAGCAAGGAGAGCAGGAGUACAAGAACUGCGAGCUGGACAAAAACCAGCGCCAGUGUGUAGAGUAUGCCUUGAAGGCCCGCCCCUUACGCCGCUACAUCCCCAAAAACCCCUACCAGUACAAGGUGUGGUAUGUGGUCAACUCCACCUACUUCGAGUACCUGAUGUUCACCCUUAUCCUUCUUAACACCAUCUGUCUGGCCAUGCAGCAUCACGGCCAGACAAAGAACUUUAACGACGCCAUGAACAUCCUCAACAUGCUCUUCACGGGGCUCUUUACUGUGGAGAUGAUCCUCAAGCUGAUUGCCUUCAAGCCCAGGGGGUACUUUAGUGAUCCCUGGAAUGUGUUUGAUUUCCUCAUCGUAAUUGGAAGCAUAAUAGACGUCAUUCUAAGUGAGAUCAACCCAGCUGACUCCUCCUCGUCCUCCUCCUCUCCGUCCUCCUCCUCUUCCUCCUCUCACCCCCCUGUGGUAAGACCAAUGGGUCUGCAGAAUUCAGAGGAGAACGCCAGGAUCUCCAUCACCUUCUUCCGGCUGUUCCGUGUCAUGCGGCUGGUGAAGCUGCUGUCCCGCGGGGAGGGGAUCCGUACCCUCCUGUGGACCUUCAUCAAGUCCUUCCAAGCUCUACCUUACGUGGCUCUCCUCAUAGUGAUGCUCUUCUUCAUUUACGCCGUCAUCGGCAUGCAGAUGUUUGGCAAGAUAGCACUGCGGGACCACACGCAGAUCAACAGGAACAACAACUUCCAGACGUUCCCUCAGGCGGUGCUGCUGCUCUUUAGGUGUGCGACAGGUGAGGCGUGGCAGGAGAUCAUGCUGGCGUGCUCGCCCAACCGGCCGUGUGAGAAAGGCUCCACCAAUGAGAACAGCACAACCGUCGAGGAAUGCGGCAGCCAUUUUGCCAUCAUCUACUUUGUCAGCUUCUACAUGCUGUGUGCCUUUCUGAUCAUCAAUCUCUUCGUGGCUGUCAUAAUGGACAACUUUGACUACCUGACGCGUGAUUGGUCCAUCCUGGGGCCGCAUCACCUUGACGAGUUCAAGAGGAUCUGGGCCGAGUACGACCCGGAAGCCAAGGGGAGAAUAAAACACCUGGAUGUAGUCACCCUGCUCAGACGAAUACAACCCCCACUCGGCUUUGGAAAGCUGUGUCCUCACCGGGUCGCGUGCAAGCGUCUAGUGUCCAUGAACAUGCCUCUGAACAGCGAUGGAACGGUCAUGUUCAAUGCCACCUUGUUUGCGCUGGUCAGAACCGCCCUGAGGAUCAAGACGGAAGGUAAUCUGGAGCAGGCCAACGAGGAACUGAGGGCCAUCGUGAAGAAGAUCUGGAAGAGAACCAGCAUGAAGCUCCUGGAUCAAGUCGUGCCCCCUGCUGGCGACGACGAGGUCACGGUUGGAAAGUUCUACGCCACCUUCCUCAUUCAGGAAUACUUCCGCAAGUUCAAGAAGAGGAAAGAACAGGGACUGGUGGCCAAGGUGCCACCCAAGACUGCCCUCUCCCUGCAGGCGGGCCUGCGGACGUUGCACGACAUCGGCCCAGAGAUCAGGAGGGCCAUCUCUGGUGACCUGACAGUGGAGGAGGAGGUAGACAAAGGUCUGAAGGAGGCCGUGUCGGCCGCUUCCGAGGACGAUAUCUUCAGGCGGUCAGGCGGCUUGUUCGGCAACCACGUCAACUACUACAACCAGAGUGACGGCCGGGCCUCCUUCCCACAGUCGUUCACGACCCAGCGCCCGCUGCACAUCAGCCAGAAGGGCUCGCCCUGCGAAGGCGAGAGCCCGUCCCACGAGAAGCUCAUGGACUCUACCACCUUCACGCCGUCCUCAUACUCUCUGUCGGGCUCCAACGCCAACAUCAACAACGCCAACAACACGGGUGUCGGCGGCCGCUUCCCAAGCCCGUCAGUCAGCACCGUGGACGGCCACGCAGGGCAGCCGCUCACGCCUAUCCUAUUGCCGCGGUCCGCCUGGUGCUUCCCUCCAAAAAGGAGCCAUUUUUUUGACAACCUCAUUCGCUCCGACUCCAGCGACAGCCGCCUGCCAAUUAUCCGGAGAGGCGAGGGCUCAACAGAGGAGACGUACGACGAGAGCUACGCCGACGACAGGGACUUCCACGAGGACGAACACUCGCUCUCCUCCGACAUCAGGCUGGUGUAUCGUGACGACACCUGCAAGCAGCUGACUCCCAUGGAGGAAGGCGAGGACGUGGAGGAGAGGAGAGGAGGAGGAUGGCAAUCACCCAGGAGAGUCUUCCUCUGUCCCACGUCUUUAGGGCGGAGGUCCUCCUUCCAUUUAGAGUGUCUGAGGAGACAGUCCAGGCCGGACAUCUCGCAGAAGACGGCGGUCCCGCUGCACCUCGUUCAUCACCAGGCGUUGGCGGUGGCCGGGUUGAGUCCGCUGAUCAGGAGGAGUCACUCGCCGACCCUCUUCAGUCGACUUUGCUCCACGCCACCUGCCAGUCCGACGGCAAAAGGCAGCGACGCCUCGUAUCAGCGAGUUCCUUCGCUGAGGUUAGAGGGCUCCAACUCGCACGAAAAGCUUAACACCAGCUUGCCGUCGGUCAACUGUGGACCCUGGUAUAGCGACAGUAACGGGAACAGUCGGGUGCCAAGUCCUAGCCCUGCCUCCGGCAUGCCGGCGACCAAUCAGAGAGCGCCGCGGCCGGUGUCGCUCACGGUGCCCUCGCUACUGGGAACGGACUCCAGUUCUCACGGCAGCGCCGGAAGUCUGGUGGAGGCGGUGCUAAUAUCAGAAGGUUUGGGGCAGUUUGCGCAGGACCCUUCCUUCAUCGAGGCCACUAAGGCCGAGCUGGCCGACGCCUGCGACAUGACCAUUGAGGAGAUGGAGCACGCCGCCAGCAACAUCCUCAACGGAAACACCCCCAGCGCCACCGCCACAGCCACGUCUGCCGCCUCUCAGCACAGCCCCAAUGGUAACCUCAUUCCUUUCGCCGCCGCCGCCACGCACAGGGACCAGGACGGCGGGGAGAGCGCCGUCAACAAGGGCUGCGUCCACGGACCGUCCUCUGUGGAGGAGCGGCAAGAGCUGUUGGCGGGGGGGCGGGACCAAGAGGAGGACGAGGAGAAUGAGGAGGACGAGGAGGCGGAGCUAAGGAGCUCUGCUGUGAUUGGAGGAGGGCGGCGGAGGAACAGCGGGCUGUUGGAGGACGAGGACAUGGAGUGUGUGACCAGUUUGUAGGGUGUCUGCUGGACCACUUAGACCGCCCCGUCCACUGCCCCUUCCCACCCCCCACACACACACACACACAGUCUGCCUCUCCUCUUCGAACAAUGGCGGCCAGUACGUCUUUGUACGUCUGAAUGUUUGUAGUAAAAUAUAUCACACUAUACUCUAUAUUAUCAGAGUGUACGCUUGUGUGUGGGAGUGUGUGUGUGUGUGUCUUGUUUGUGUGCACAUUACUGUGUGCGCGUGUGUGUGUGUGUGUGUGUGUGUGUGUGUGUGUGUGUGUGUGUGUGUGUGUGUGUGUGUGUGUGUGUGUGUGUGUGUGUGUGUGUGUGUGUGUUGUGUGUGUGUGUCUCUAAAGUGCCUCACAGUUCUAUCACGUCCUCAAAAGUGUGACAAGCAAAGGAGACGAAGGAAAAAGAAGCCGUUUGUCGUCCGUAAUUUUUUUGUCCCCCGUUUGUCUGGCCGCCAUUGAGCCGGGGGACGGCAAGUGCGAAGACGGACGUUCGCGAGGUCAAAGGCUAACCCCUCCUCCUCACCAAUGAUGAAGAAGCGCUGUAUCGUUUUAAACAAAAAGACUCCUUCCUUGCCCUCCUCUUCCAAAGUUAAAAGGAGUGCCCCCCCCCCACCCCCCACCCCCCUCCCACCACGCUGUGGGCGGGGCAAGGCGAGAGGCGGACCUACACACAGAAGUGGCUGACAAACUUUAGAGCGACACCAUCAUGGCUUCCUUUGCUGCUUUACUUUGCCCACUUGUCCUUCUCUCCUCAUACCUCACCUGACUCCACACCCGCCCUUUUUGUUUUCAAACAGGACUGUCGAUCAUUCCGUCCUACCCCCACGGGAUUGGAUGCCACUCUCUACGCAGGCCACGCCCACUUUACUUAACUGGCACGCCUUUUUUUUUUUUUUCUACUGUGCUGUGUUAAUUUAUCCUCGAUUUGCUUGCGCAAUGGAGGUGCUGGUCUUUAUGAUUAUUUUCAUUUUAGGUGAAUUUUAAGCGGUUUUACGUGUGUGUGUGCGUGCGUGUACGAAUGUUCUCUCUAUCAGUAUGCACCUUUUACAGAUUGUAUCUAUUUAUUUAUUUAUUUUCUCAGAAGAGAGAAAUGUGUGCACGUGAGUGCUUACUUAUGUACUCUUUAAAGAAAAAAGCAGAUUUUAGUAAUUUAAGGUAGCAUUACAAGUAUGGCGUGUGCGUGUAUGUGUGUGUGUGUGUGUGUGUGUGUGCGUGUGUGUGUGUGUGUGCGCGUGCGUGUGUGUGUGGUAGUAGGCCUCCUAACAGGGUUACCACGGACAGGCAUGCUUCCAAAGCUCUAUUUUCACACUUAAUCAUCUUUUUUUGUUGUUAUUUCGUUUCCAGGUAGACAGGGGUGUAUUUGGCCGUAACACACUGUUAUUAUCAUUAUUAUUGUUAUUCUUUUUACUGGUAAUUAUCUCCAAAUGAACUCUUAGGGCUGAUUUAAAAGAUGCUGCAAGAAUCCCAUCGUGAAACAUUAUUUUGAUUUCAUAACUAGGUGUAUUAUUAUUAUUAUUAACAUUAUUAUUAUUAUUAGAAGUAUUUUUGGUGGUUUAUCUUGUAGUAGCAAGAAGGAGCAGUGAAGAUAGUGCCUCCUGCUGGCCGCUUGUGGUACACUACAUUACACCAUAUAAAAAUAAUUCACGAUACAAUGUGCGGCUUCAGUAAGGUUGUAAUUCUCACUGCGCACCAGUAAAGGGCAGCAUUUACCAUAAAUUGUGGCUGUCGGUGUGAAAGUGUCGCCCCCAGAGGCAGAAAGGGAUAUUACACGGAAGUUGAAUUUCUCAACAACAACAAAACUCAGCUCUUCUUUGAAGUAUUCUGACAUUAAUUCACCGUUUUACCUGUUUUUAUGGCAGGCAAGCGAACGCACCACCAUCACACUGCCAGGAACUUCAUAAUUAUGCAAACUAACUGUGAAUGUGAUGUGUGUGUGUGUGGCUCCAGAAGCACUGUUUUAAUUUAUUAUUAUUGUUAUUAUUAUUAAUAUUAGCUACAGUUCAUUUUUUGCAGCAUAUAAGUAAUUAGGUGGACGCGUGUGCUUUUAACGGCAGGUUAGGAUUGUUUAUUUCAAUUUAAAAGACACUUUCUGUCAUUUAAAAGGAUGUACUUGAAGGCCCCGGAGAAUAACCCUUGACCGCAGCGUUGAAAAAAGCAGGUGUCCAUUGAGUAAGAGUUGUGUGUUAGCGCCCCCGUGUGGACAGGAGGAUUUAGGCGUGUUUUCCCUGCAUCCCACAAGAUAUGCAAAAACAAUGCAAUAACUGACUGUCUGCAAGGUUCAUAAGCUGGUGUAUUUUCUAGAAUAUGCCAGAGAAACCUAACAUACUUGAUAUCAGGUGAUAUAUUAAUUGUGACGAUGUGUUUACAACUGAUUAUCGAUUGUUAUUUUUUGUGGUUAUUUGCCUGCAGACCGCUGAAUGGCUCACUUUGAUUCAUUUCUCCGUUGUGUUUGGGUUAGUAAUCAUGCAGUCAUUUUUAAACAGAGAGAUGCUUUUGCAUAUCUUGCGAGAAGGACAGCAGGUGUUUUAUUGUGAAAGGGCUGCUCCAAAUUAAAGGUUAGCCAUAACAUAUAAAGGGAAGUGAAGGCUGAGUGCAUUAUUUAAAAUUUGAGGGCCAAAUAUUUUUUCAAAGCAAUUGAAGUCCUUUUUGGGGACGUAAGAGGUGUCACAUGAAUGUGUUGGCAGGAAGAGGACCAUAUUUGGUCAUGUCACAUGACAGGAAACAUGUUGCGAAAGACAAAGAAGUGUUUAAUAUUAUGACUUUCCUGCAUGGCUUUUUCACUUCAGAGCAGGGAUGGACUCACGUUCCCUAAUUAAUCGGCUGUGAGGAAAAUGUAUUCAGAAUUAACGCAGAGGUGUCCAAAAUGCGUUCUAUGGUUUUUAGUUGAUUUUCCGAUGAGGGGGCGACUUGUCCAGGGUCUAAUCUGCCUUCCGCCCGAGUGCACCUGGGAUAGGCUCUGACGCCGAGAGAGACAAGCAGUUGAAAACUUCUAAAAAUAACAAACAACAAAACAUUUGUAUUUGGGUUUUUAGACACAUACAGUUGACAGGACUAGUCCAAAAUACAUUAAAUACUGUUUUAUACACACACAC